CAAAAGGAGGGAACAAAAUAAUUUUUUAUUAACAUUCAGCUGUCCAUCUGAUUCCACACUCCUCUUUGAUUUCAGUGGCUGUUCUCUUUCUUUUUCAUCAUCGCCUCGUCCUGCGUGGAGAUACUUCCACUUCUUCCUCCUGCAUCUGGGGACUCUUUGUAAACUACAGAUAAACAACCAAGCAAACUCAGAACUGUCAUUAUUUUUGACUGGAUUUCUAACAACAGAAGCAUCUCCUCCAACUUGAAUGUCUUUCUAACUUGGAAGGAGGGAGAAGAGCUCUUCUGUCAGCGUGCAUAAAAGGACUGGUUUUUGAGGGAGGUAGAGGAGGAGGUGACCUGAAGAGGAAACACCGGGAUCAGAGUGCUCCGGGAAGAGCUCUGGGAAAAGGAGGAGGAUAAGGAGGAGGGCGCGUCACACAGAGGCAGAGCAUCCUCACUACCCUCAAACACACACCCUUCAGACCACAGGACUCCAGGAAUUUCAUGAAACUACAGUGUGUUUUAUCAACAUCAAGUCAGUUUUAAACAAACAGACAAAAACUCAGCCACACUGCAGAGAUUUGCAGAGACGUGCACACACACACACACAUCGUGACAUCCAGGACACGCCACAAAAUGGAUCUCCCACCAGUCAGAGGUUUAUCUGAUGUGCCGUGAGCAUUGGGAGCCCUUUGGCCCUAGUGCCACCCAGCUGGCUCACCAGAAUGGAACCUACUCAUUCCUUGAGGAUGGAGCUGGACUCAGUGCUGUCGCUUGACCAGAUACGUGCCAUCCGGGCCAACAAUGACUAUGUGGAGAGGCCUGUGGCAUUGGAACCGGCAUCCCAGUCGGGAUUUUUUUAUGCCCAUGAGGACCGUUACCCCCAUGGAGCAUACACCUAUAACCCCUCCACCCUGUCCCACAGCCAAAGUCAGCAGCACCACACUCAUCUUUCCCACCUGAGCCGUUCCAGUACCGUUAGCUCCUCCAUGUCUCGAACCAGUGCCACCUCAGACCAGCGGCUCCUGGCAGGUUUGACGCCAUCUCACUCUGGCUUAGGUUCAGUGGUCCAUUCUCAGCCUAAAGGGGAGUUUAAGCCUGAUGCAUCGUUGGGUAAACAGCUGACAGAGGAUGAGACAGACCUCAGUCUUCAUCUCUUCAUCUGUGAGCGGUGUGGUCGCUGUAAAUGUCAAGAGUGCUGUACCCCUCGACCCCUCCCCUCCUGCUGGGCCUGUGGACAGCGUUGUCUGUGCUCCGCCAAAAGUGCUGUGGAGUACAGUACGUGCCUGUGUUGUGUCAAAGGACUCUUCUAUCACUGUUCUGCCCAAGAUGACGAGGAUAACUGUGCUGACCGGCCGUGCUCCUGCGCUCCAGCCCAUGCCUGCUCCCGCUGGAGUGCCAUGGGUCUGCUGUCGCUCUGUCUGCCCUGCCUCUGCUGCUACCCCCCUGCCAGGCUGUGCCUUGCCCUGUGCCAGCGUGCUCAUGACCGGGCCACACGACCUGGCUGCAGGUGCAGCAACACAAACACGGUGUGCCGCAAAAUUUCUGCCUCCAACCCUAACCCUUGUCACCCAUCGCUACGUAGCAAAGUUCUGGAGAAGCCAUUAUGACAGGCUUAGAGGAAGACCAGAUUAAUCAGCUUCCCCUCAACUAUGGCCAAAGCUAAGGCCUAACCAAUAAAAAGUUGGGGCUUUGCAACAGAGCCAUUGUGACCCACCUACCUACAUAUGACAAUCUAACGAACCAUUAAGUGUCGUUUGACACUUGAAUUUCCUUCUCCAGCUCAGGAGGGACCAAAGCUUUACUGUGCCUGUUCAGGUUGGAGACUUAACGCCUACAACCAUAAACUCGUGCUGAAGAAGAAGACAAAGAAGAAGACAAAGAAGAAGAAAAGCUGUUAUGCUUUGCCGGACAGCUCUUCAACCUAUCCAAGACUCCCAGUCGGAAAUGGCCUCUGCAUUCUACGGCGUAAUCUUGGCGUGAUAAAAUCUAUUUAUUUAUUGUUGAACCUCCUUCCUCCCCGCCCUCUGCAAAGUUCACACGGAGCACAGAGAGGGGCAAUGGACCAAAUCAGGAAGGAAAGACGCCUGCGGCGGUGUGCACGCUCCUUGCCAAAAGUUUUCUGUCCUCUAGAAAUAGAAAAUCAGAGCAAGAGUGUGUCUGAGGUUAAAGCCACAAAGACAUACAGAAAUCUCAACAAAAAGCUGAAGUGUCGAGUAACUGACAUGAAGCUGAACACCUGAACUGUGCAAAGCAGAAAAGGCAUUGUGAAAGAAAGCUGUAACAACAGUUUGAAACCAAAAGAAAACCGCAAAAGAACAAAAAAGGGACCACACACUGUCUAAAGUGAGUGAAUUUAAGUGAUAUGACACUCAUUUGUAAAGGAAAAGCACUGUGAGGUAGAUGGACGAUCUUUUCCCCACCCGUCCAGAGCUGAAUGGGGAAAAUUUAACCAGAGAGAGGAUGCAUCAUUGUGACCAGGCAGUGUGUGUGUAUGUCCAUGUGUCCUCUGCUGUCCAAAAACCUGUGUGUGUGUGUGUGUGUGUGUGUGUUGUUUUGUCAGCAGAAGAAGCCUCCCUUGUCUUAUUUUUAGCAGAGCUGUUUAAGUGGAGCUCCGAGGGUCUGGUUGGGUUUCCUCUCAAAGUCAGUCUGUCGCCAACCUCCCCUCCCCCUCUCACUGACCUCCAUCCUCCUCCUCGAACCCGCACAAUCCCCUCCUUUUUUCCCCCGCUCCCUCCAUCCUUAAAUGCUCUUUUCCCAGAAGUGACAAUCAGUUUUGUAGUUUGGCCUACACUGAGUUUGAUGGCGAUAAACCAGUCGCUUUAAUCCAUGAAAAUGAUUGUAUGAGAAGCUUGAUUCUACAGAAAGUCUGGUACUCUUAGUAAAAAUGAAUCCACAGGUUGUAUUUAGUUUAAAUAUAACAUAACAUGUGAAGUUAAGUGAAAGUGAUGGAGUAUAUGCAUCAUUCCCUCUAAGAAAAUGUGAAUGCAAUAGAGGAAAUAUGAAUGUCCUACAGACUUUCAAGUUUACACCCUUAAAGAAGCUCGGUUGCUGGUAAUACUUAAUGAGCAUGGUUGAAGGCCUUCGCGGGUAAAGCGACAUUCAAGUUUGCCUAUUAGAGAAUUUCCUUAGGAUUACUGUAAAGAGCCGUCCUUGACGCCCACUGUUUCAGUGAUAAAUAACGUAUUCCUCUCAGGAAAGAAAUUAUAAAAACUAUCCAGAAAGAUAAAGCUUAUAUCGCAUCUAUCUCCUGUGAUGGUCAGAAGACCAACAGAUUGCACUGAAAUAAGACAAUCAGACCAGUGAAAUAGACAAGAUGAGGCGUAUUAUUCCACACCCAUACUGUAUCUCCUGUCUGCCUUGUCUAAAGCUCAGACAGCUAAAAGCCUCUAGUUCCAGGUCCACAGAGAGUUGAUCAAACAGGCAAUUAGCUUCAUGAUAGCUCUUAAUGGGCCAGAGAAGACUGCAGCAUGGGAGGGAGGAGAGAGGACAGGAUGAGUGGAGCUGUGGUGGAAGGCAUGGCAGGAAGAGAGGGAUGCUGAAGAUUGAGAGAGGGAGGCUGGAUGAAGGGAACAAGAGGAAAGAGAGAUUGUUGAUAUUGAGAUGAAAUCAGAGACUGAUUUUUUUAAGUUAUUCAGAUUUUCAUGUAAAACAAAUGCAGCCCUGCAGGAUGUUUCUAGAAAAGGAAGAUUGUGUGACUUUGUAUGAAGGCUGGAUGUGUGCAUACAUGUAAGUUUGUGUGUGUGAGGAUGUCCCCUAUAAGCACAGACACUCACAUUGACCUGAUAUGUUAAAUAUUUCUUUGCUCUAUUUUUAUAUGUAAAUACGGGCUGUUAACUCUAUAACUAUUUUUUAUUCUGCUUUAUUUAAUUUCCACAAGACUGAUAUUAUUACAGUUGUUUGUCAUUAUACUAAACAUUUACCGUCCACUGGUGAUCUGUUAGAGAAGUUUUGGGGCAAAUGAUGACAAUGAAGCAAUUUAUUCCCUUUAUUACCACUUCCAUCUCAUGUGGCAGAGAGUUGCUGCAGCUUCUUUUUCCUGCACUGAACACUGUUAGAAGCAUUUAGAAAUAAAGACACUGAAAGAAAGUGGUCGUCUCAUCUGAACAUUCCUCUCAGUGUCCCACUGUUUGUGCAGCCCCAGAAACAAUGAUGCUGUCCAGUUAAAAGGUGUAUUGCAUUAAUUUGAAAAACAAACAAACAAGAGAACAAACAAAAAAAGCUCUUAAUUAACAAGAUAAACUUCCCAACAUACACACACACACACACAGAAAAUAAAAAAAAAUGCUUUCAGAUGCAGAAAAAGUAUCUAGGCUGCUGUCGGGUGCAAACCUACCGUCUCCAAAACUUUCAUUUUUCAAAAAAUGAAAAAAACUGUAUGGUUUUGUAAUAACUGGACAUAAUGU